CCUGUACCGCGGCGAGGCGCUGCGCGAGCUGUCUCCUAUGAUGAUGGCCAUGUUGUUUUAUAAGCCGGUGUGUGACCCCGUUGUGCGGCCUGCGAACGGCGUGGACGAUCCGCAGGUGCUGGAGCGCUAUGCAGUGUUCGCGCUCGCGAACUUCGCCGCCUACAGCUGUGACGACAGGCUCGAUCUCAGCAACGGCGCAUGGGCAGCUUAUCAGCGGUGCUUUGCACAGCCGGCGGACGGCCAGUCGCUGCAUGUGCGCAUCGCGUGCCGUAUGCUCGAUCACGUGGAUGGGCUUGCGCGCGUGCGAAUGCGGGCGGAGGAGCGGCGGCAGCUGCAGGCGGAGGUGGAGGGCACCGCUGAGGAUGCGGCGGAGGAGGCACUGUUGGAGGGCGUGCCGGUGGAGGGCAUGGACGACCUGGAGGCAGAGCCGCAGGAUGAUGAGGAACCCGAUGUUAGGCGCAGCGCAGGGCCCGCAGCGGAGCUCUGGCAGGGUUGUGCGCUAUCGGAGACGGAACGGGCAGGGCUGCUGCAGCGCGUUGUGCACGGCGGCCUCGGUGGCGGUCUGACUACAGAGGCGACCACCGUGGUUGCCCAGAUCCCGCGCGCCAAUGCAUGGCCAGCGGUUGGGCGUACAGCGGCGGCGGCAGUAGUGCGCAGCACGCAGGAGUGGACGCACGAGCGGCUGGCUGCAGCACAGCAACGCAUGCAUGAUUACGACCUAGGUGGGCAGUACGCCGCACAGGCGCUCGCGCAGGCGCAGGGAGCAGUGCAGCAGCAGCUGCUGCUUUACAACAGCGGCACUGCGGCAGUGACAGCGAAGCUGGUGCUCAUCUCGCCAUUGGCGGUUACCACAGCCGCCCCAGAGGUGCAGGGCGUCUGGCCCGAUGCAGCGAACCCUGGUGCAGAGCCGCCGUACGUGCUUUGCCCGGAGGACUCGCAGCCGACGCCUGAAGACACAGCGCGGUUAUGGAACCUCAGCGACGACCAGCAGCAGGCGUUCAUGCUGUACGCGCAGCUCCUGCUAGCAGAGGCCGCCGGCGUCCGUCAGCCCCCCGUGUGCUCGGUGCUCACGGGCAAAGCCGGCAGCGGCAAGUCGCGGGUGCUGCAGGCAUUGCUGUGGUUUGCAUACCAGCACCGCUGCGAGUCUCUCAUUGCCCUCGUGAGCUACACGUGGCGCGCUGCGCUGCAUUUGCCACAGCCACGGCACGUGCCGCUAUAUAGCGGUGCUGCGGAGGAGAGCUUGCGGCGGCUGCUGGCGCCGGGCGCAGGGGACGGCGGGGCCAUGGAGCGCCAGAUCCGGCAGCUGGAGCAUCCGGAGGGCAGCAUGAACCUCAUGGGGCGGGAGCUGUGGAAUAUGGUGCCGUUCGCGUUCAUUCUCACUCACCAGCAUCGGCAGCAAGCAGGCGUAGCUCGUGCAGCUGCAUGCGCUCGCGCAGCGUCAGCAGCUGCUGCUGUGGCGUAGCGCGGACUUGUCGCCUGACGGGAGCAGCUUACCUACUUCGCAUGUGCAUCAGUUAGAUGCGCUUGGCGGGGCCGACGAUGAUAGUGGUGUGCCCGCUGUGUGCGCAUUCUUUGCUGGCAUUCGUUACGUGUUUACAUCAAAUGAGCAUGUGCGUCUGUAUCACAUCAACAACAACAGUGCCACAGGCACCGGCAUUGUUCUGCAUCCCAACGAGCCACCAUUGCCAGAUGCAAGCAUUGCCCCCGUGCAUGUCCUCAAGUUCGUGCCCUCGGCUGUAAUGGUGCGCCCUGACGGGCCUGAUGCGGGUCGGGUGUCUGUCGAUCAGGCCCUGGAUGUCGGGGAGAUUCCUGUUUUACCGUGCAGUGCUAUGUUCACAUCGCAGCAUGCAGCCCUGCGGUUGCCUGUGAUGCGCUGGGGCUUUCGUGUGGAGCUUGCGUACGCAGUUACCGAUUACUUCGCGCAGGGGCAAACUCUGCCACCGCACGAAUUGUGGUUGGUGGAUAUGUGCAAACCGCAGCACGGCAGUUGGCGGCGGGCUUCAAUUUACGUAAUGCUCACCAGGUUUCGUGGGUUGCAUGCGUUACAUUUAGUGCGCCCGCUGUGGGCCUCGCGGGCCGAAGAGCGCCGGCUUAAAAAGGCGCUGCGUACCAUGCUAACGCCCGAGGCAGAUCUAGCUGCGGAAUGGCAGCGGCUAUUGAGGCUCUCCCAGAGCACAGCAGUAGCGGUGCCAGGUAUGAUUGUGCGCAUUCAGGCUAGCAUGGCUGCCUCAUAACCAAGGCCUUCAAUGCAUGCAUGGUUGCAACAUCUGGCAUGUGGCGGUAAACACUGGGUUGUCCUGCGUCCCGGCCAGCAAGGACAGUGUAGUGUUUUUAACAUGCACGAGGUGUACUGACAGAUGACCUGGAAGCGUGGAGUACCUUGUGGGUGGUGAGUGCUGACUGCAAUUUACAGCGGUGACUUUCUUGUUGGUGUUUGGUGUGGUGACCAUCAUGCUUGGCUUCGCUGGCUGGACGUAUGUCACUGAGCUGUUUGACAGACAGGCGUAGGGCAACGUGUACGUUCGGGUUUAGUUUCUACCUGUCCUGUCUCUGCGUGAAGCCGGGGUAUUGUUUAUCUGCUUGCUUGUCGUGUUUUGGAUUGUUGCGUGUUUACAACAGGUUGAUGUGUGGCCUGGUUAAUCCCUUGCACUUUGAUGAGGUUAUUGUUAGCCAGCUGGUGUUCGCACAGGAGGUUAGUGGUCGAACAGUCGACCGACAGAUGGAUCGCGGGAUUUGUUUUUGGCAUUUACCGCUUGGAUUCUAUUCGCAACGUAGCUCGGCAUACACGCUUAAUAUGCAUAGUUAGAAGACUUCGGGGACGCAAAUCGCUUGGAAAUGGAGGAGGGUCUCAAUAUGCUCGGCCCGCGAUGUCGCGCUCUUGAGCUUGUAUUAUGCACUGCGCGCAAUGCGCGUUCAGCAUGCAUAUUCUUACGAACAACUAGGGACUUGAGUGACGCGGUGUGAAAAUCAGUCGGGGUCUCGACAUGCUUGGCUCGCCAUUUCGCGCUCCCGAGCUCGUUGUGUGUGUUCCGAACAAUGCACGCUCAAAAUACAUGUUCAAUAUGUCCGUCGCGAUGUUCGGCAAAUAGGCCAAUGCGCAACGGAGUGCGGCGCUUGCGGACCCAAAGGCGGUGCCGGGUGUGCCGUGGCGAGUGUGUAGAGGACGAGAGGCACGUCUUGCUCGAAUGUGGAGCUUACACAGAGCUAAGAGUGGCAUAUGGAAUCAAUAGUAAUUGUGUGAAGGAAGUCAUGCUUAGCACAGAGGUUAGAAAAUUAGCCGCGUUCCUGUACUCAGUGCAGGCUCUGCGUGCUAGCAUUCUGCGGGGCGAUUGAGCGGACUGAACCUGCUUUGUUCUGCUAUAUGCGCCUCCGGACUCAAAGGAGUUAGUGGGGCCGCAUGGACUACGACGCCAUGUAAAUGCUCAUGCUCAUGCGAUGUUGGAGCUUGAAAACCGACAAGCAUGGUGUAUAGAUACACCUGGUAGCCUGAAUUCCUGUUUUUUCGCGAUGUCGGUGUAUUCUGUUGAUGUUGCAUCAUGUCGUGCUUUAUCGCAUUCUUGGUUUCUGCACCCGCGUGGCCUUGUUUGUAAAAUUUCGCGGCGCCCUGAUCUUAUCUUGUUCUUCGUUGUGAUCGUGUGUCAAAAAUUUGUUUUUGGCGGGAUUCGAACCUGUGAGCACUACGCUAAGCUCCAUAAUCAGACCCUCCAGAGGAGGGUGUGCAAACUAGUUAGCGAUCCGGUGAUUCGGGCGGCGAUACUCCUUAGCUUGGAUGUGACAGACGGCGGUACUCCUUAGCUUAG